CCUCGACUUACAACCUUUUUUUUGGGGCGCAAUCUCUGGGCAAUAUACAUAUUCUACGACUGGCGCGUAUCCUGGACUCUCGAGCCCGAUCAAUAAUGUCCAAAAACGACGAACUUUUGACCGACGAUUAUGUCGCUGACCUCUUGUCGCAAGAGGCAAGCGACUGCUCUCUCAAAUAUUCAGCCAUGGGUAUGGAAGCAUAUCGCACGAAUAAGAAGUAAUGCAUACACCCACCAGUUCUGGCAAGUCUGUUGCUGACAUGGCUUCAGACCUGCGAAUAUGAUGAAACCCAACACCCGAUUUCUACGACAUAUCAUAAAGGAUACCGACAAUCACAACAAGGCGCUGUUGGCCAAAGAGGCUGCCGAGUCCAAGGCACGACUCAAGGAUCUCGAGCGCACGGAAGAAAUCAAGCGGCGCAAGACAAACCCAAGUGUUAAUGACAUUCGACGGCGGCAGAUGGGCGAUAUUCAUGCCAUUCUAGGCGGCAAGAAACGGCCAAGAGACGAAGAUGAGGCUGGCCCUUCUUCAAGGAGAGAACGCGCCGACAAGGAUCGAAGGCAGGAACGCAAGCACGAACAGAGAUCAGACGACCUUUUCACAGACAAACGCAGUGAGCAGCGACAACACGGUCGACUGUCACGCGACGAUCGUCGUAGUAAGACUGACGAUGAAUCGAGACGGUCGGAUAGGUCACGACGGGAUCACAGACAUCGCGAUAGGUCGCGGAGCAGGGACAGAUCCUCCUCCUCCGAAGAAGGACAACACCGUCGAAGUCAUAAACGGAGAGACAGGUCUAGAUCACCUGCAAGCCGACGACGGUCUCGAUCGCCCAGAGAAUCUAAGAGUAAGCAUCGGUAUCGAUCGCCUCUGGAUAGAAACGAAGACCCCAAGCGGAAGGAAGAGGAAGAAGAGGGAUCGGAUGCCAUGGAAGAUCUGAUCGGACCCGCACCACCCCCGAAAUACCGGGGACGAGGAACAGUGGGAGGGUCUUCGGGUAUCGAUCGACGGUUUUCAGACACAUACGACCCCAAGACUGACAUACAAAUGGACGAAGAUGAGGUUGGCAAUGAGUGGGAUGAUGCUGUUGAGGCGUUUAGAGACCGCCAAAAGCUACGGCAAAAUCAGGAUCAACGUCUGAAAGACGCCGGCUUUGCAGACGAGCAAAUACAGCGUGCGAGUGGUGCAGACGAAAAGUCUGCGGAAAAUGUGCAAUGGUCCAAGGCUGGGGAGAAAAGGGCUUGGGAUGUUGGCAAGGUGAUCGGGUCAGACGGAGUGGCCCAGCCAGAAGUUUAGUUGGGCAUCGGUACAACCAACAGAUUGGAUCGAGGUUAUGAGCCGAGACAAUGAUUCACAGGUGAUGAUUGGAUAAAGCGUAACAUUCAUUCACUGCCUUAUUUUGAGGGAUUGCUUUGGGCGGGUUGAUCAGGGAGACAACGACCUUGUUGGAUAGACAUGGACGUACGUACAGCGAGCGGAGUUCAAAUAGACGCAUUGGAAAUAGGACACGCGCGUCCUAAUGAAAAGGUUAUGCGAAUGCCACAACGUAGCCUCCACUAUCGCCCAAACCGGUGCUAUUAAGGCAGAAUCACGGGUCACUGAAGACUGAAGUCAGUACCCUAGGUAUGUAUCUGCAGGCGCACGGAUAGCAUUUGGAUCACAUACAAAACUCAAUUCGGUGCCUGGAUCUGGGCAGGCCAGAAGUGGCGUGGAUCGAAAACGCCAUGUUUGACCAGAUCGUGGUGGUAGUGGCACAAUUACACGGCCGAUUCUGGGAAUCCCUAGCUUUGAGGCUGGAUGGCGGUAACGCCGAUGGAGCGAUACCCAAGCCGGGCAAUCGCAAGUCAUUAUUGAUUCAACUUGAAUACAAGCUUAAACUUGAUUCAAAGAUGCAGUCAAGUAAUCAGUCUGUGGUAUGAGGUUAUGGUAUCCCUUUUGCCCAAGGGAUUGUUGAUCUCGACCCCAAGCAGCCCUUCAGCCCUUUAGCCCUUCGGAUAGGCCAACAAACAAGGCCAGAAAAGCUUGGUCGAUGCACGUCCAAGGGAAUCAAUCAAUAAUGGAUCUAUUUUAAGGCCAAACCAAACGAAACGUGGACCUGCAUCUGCAGGGUACGGCAGGGCAGAGCAGGGUUGGAUUUAGAUCAGGUACGAGAGGGGAGAGGGAUCUUUGUUCAAGCUGUCUUAAUACGAGCUUGAUUGGUGAAUUCGUAUCUUGUGUUGCGCAAGCACUUUGAGGGUCGAUCAUUGGAGGUAGCGUAAUAUGGGUGGAUGGAUGAGUGAAAGGUUUCAUGGUUCCGCGGGUCUCCGCAGCCCGCGCCGUUAGAGCCUUAGAUCCAAUACCGUACCUAAGUUACUAAGGUAGCUGAAGGCUUAGACGUAUUCGCUUUGUCUGUGUCUGUGUAGUCAAGAAGAGAAAAGAGGCUCCGAGAAACAACCACAUCGUCUCGUCUCAUGCACGGAGCAUAGAGAGAAUGGAGAAUGGCCGUAGCCGACCGUUUCACCGACAGCAAAACAAAACACGCGACUUUGUCAACACACUACGACGUCGCACCUGUACCGGUACCUGUACCUGUAGCUAGAGGGCCUGUUAUCUUCUGCCCCUAGCUAGCAGAGUCAAUGGGCCAAAGAAUUUGUUGGUUUGUUGCACAGCAACUCGUCCAAGGCUUUGCAGCCUCGAGUCACGAGUUUACGGUUGCGGUAGACGCUCAGGAACAAGAUUGAUUGACUUUGAGGCGUCAAGUUUACCCCGAAUAUCUAUUACAGUAACUUGG